CUUGAGCGCGCGCUCUUCGCGGCACUGUGUUGACUAUUGACACGCGCACCGGCAAACCAAAUUUAAAUCAAUAGAGCCCCCGCCCUAUGACUACCCGCCUACCGACGGAUCUCCUCGUGAAAGGAACCAAUCACUUACACCCAAUACAUUCUUGGCAUAAAUAACCAACGCUUUUCACUGACUAGUGGAAAACUAAACAAUUAUAAUUUUUAUCUACUCUUGAUAUAACCUAUACGUAAUUUGCACUCACGUAUACAUGGCGCCACGUAUAAAAAUGCAACCGAAGUUACUCAAUACAAAUAGAAGACCUAGUCAACCAAAGAAACGUAAAAAAAUUACUCUUGUGUUUGAUGAGAACAAAAGACGAGAAUUUCUGAAAGGAUUUCGUAAACGAAAAUUGCAAAGACAACAAAAGGCCAAAGAAGACUUGCAACAACGAUUAAAAGAAGAACGGAAAAGAAUUAAAACCGAGGCACGAGAACGUUAUAAAAAAUUGUUAUCAAGUCGAGACAUACCUGAAAUUCAACAAUUGUUAUCUCAACACGAAUAUGAAACAGAAGGGCAUACUGUCAGUAUUUUGGAAUUAAAUGUUGCAGACUUAGCAGAAGGGAAUGCACUAAUUGGUGAAAAUAAAGGCAUUGAAGAAAAUGAAAGUAAUGAGAUAGAAGAAAGUGCUAAAAAUUCUGAAAAUGAUGAGGAAAUUGUAGGAAUGCCUUUAAAUAUAAAAAAACAAACUAAAAAUUCAAAAGAAACUGUAGAAGAAAAACAAAUUAAAAGCGGGAAAGAUUUUAAGAAAGCAAUAAAAAGAAAUGCAUUGAAACAAGUUAAGAAAAGUAAAGUAUUUCAGCAAAAACAAAAAUUAGAACGUCAGAAGAAUAGGAAAGAAAGCAUGAGGAAACGUAAACGAGUUGAAAAAGCUAAAAAACAUAGUGGAAAAUUAAGAAAGAAGUUAAAUCAUUAA